AUGUUGAAAUUUCUUUUCCAGGAUGUGAAUAUUUCUGAACUUAUGAAGAAGCUAGAUAUCCUUGGUGAUAAUGGGGUAGCUAAUGUAUUUAUUUAAGUAGUUCCAAUUGCAUAUUUGUGAAAGGGACACUAUCUGUAAUAGCAUGCCACCAGGGAUGUCGCGAUGGAGGGUGGGCAGCACAUGCCUCUGUGUUACGCUGUGGUCUUACGCAUUCCCCCACCCCGACUCACUGGGUCUCCCGUCAUGACAGCUUGAAUUUUAAAAUGCGAAUUUAAAGUGCUUGAGUAUGUUUCAAAUACAUUCCAGAUAUAUAACUGGAAAUACUAUUUCAAGAUGAAGUUAUUAAUAUUAAGCCAUUGGGAUCAUGAAAACAAAUAAAACACCCCACCCAUUCUUUGUUCUUGUUUUGCUUCAGUUAUUUUGGUUUUAAGUUUAUCUGUUGGGAUUUUCUUCAAGUUGUUUUAAUGUCAGACAGCUAAAAUUUUGGAACAGGAGUACUGUAGAAUUGAUGCAGAGGGCUCACCAACUAUAGGUUGAGCUCUGUUGUGUUCUUGAAAAACGUGGGCAAAUUGAACCGAUAGCAUGCAUCUAACCCAGUCUUCCUCAACCUCGGCCCUCCAGAUGUUUUCAGACUACAAUUCCCAUCAUCCCUGACCACUGGUCCUGCUAGCUAGGGAUCAUGGGAGUUGUAGGCCAAAAACAUCUGGAGGGCCAAGGUUGAGGAAGCCUUAUCUAAUAAAUUAAGUGGCAGCCCUCUAGUCAAUUCUCUCUCAUAUAGCUCAGUAUUUGAAGCAGUUCAUCCCCUUUCCAUUAAGAAAAGGCAUUUACUUUAUCAUUGUGCAGCUCCUAUCACCAGAAGGGCACUGGCUUGUGCUGAUCUGCCAGAAUGCAAGAGUGAGAUACCUGCAAGAUAACAGCUCAGAUCAUAGGAGCCAACUCCUAGGGGCCGAGGUCCCUUCGGGCCACCCAAUAAAAUAUUUGAGGGGGCCACACACACCCCCAGUUGAUGGGCAUUGCCAUUCAAAUGGUGGGUGGGUGCCAAACCUUGUAAUCAAUUAUGUGGGGCAGGGUUUACCUGGGCUCCCCCUAAUAUUUUAUUGAAGUUGGCGCUCUUGGCUCAGGUAGUGCAGGAGACCAUGCUUAGACAAGAGGCCCCAAAGUUGGAGAAGAUGGAAGUGUUAACAUGAUUUCUGCAGUGUAACCUUUUAUCAUGUAAUUGAGCAGGAUUGGGGGGUGGACAAUGUAAAUCAGAAUAUUAUUACUUUAAUGACCAUCAGAAGCCAAAAGUUAUACAACAGACUAACCUUAUAGAGUGUGCUGUAACGCCUAACCUUACAAUGAUUGGAAUGUUAAUUAAACUGAGGACAGAAAGCAAAGUUUCAGGAUUUUUGCUAGGGGUAGAUCAAGAAUUGAAAGCUGGCUUGGGUGUUCAACUAUGCAAGCAGAAUUAAAGUUUGGCACAGCGUAUCUUGAACAGCCUGCCAGCCUCAGUGCUGCUUCCAUGCCACAGCCCUGGGACAUCCUGUGCCACAAUUUUGAUGGAAAAUUAAGGGAUUAUUUGAUAAGCAGAACUUCAGAAAGCAGCUGCUGGAGGGCAGAAGCCCUAGUCUGCCCACUGCAGAGACCCCUCAUACCCCAUCAGGAGGUGGGCAUUGCCCCAAAUAACCCAAUAACAGUUUUUCCAGGAGCAGCUUUUCAGUUUGAUUGUUUGUGAGCAUUCCCUUCGAGUACUCACAAAACCUGGGGGACUUUUGUGUGUUCUUUAAAUAUACCCAUUUUGGAGCUUCUUUUUCUUUGUCAGGGUGAGGGGCCAGAAUCAAGGGAGCAGACGUCCUGCUUGGCUUGAGCGGGUUUGCCAUUUGUUACCUCUUCAAUAUUGAGGAUUAGGGCAUAAGUAGGGACGCGGGUGGCGCUGUGGUCUAAACCACUGAGCCUAGGGCUUGCUGAUCAGAAGGUUGGCAGUUCGAAUCCCCGCGAAAGGGUUAGCUCCUGUUGUUCAGACCCAGCUGCUGCCAACCUAGCAGUUCGAAAGCACGUCAAAGUGCAAGUUGAUAAAUAGGUACCGCUCCGGCGGGAAGGGAAACAGCAUUUCCAUGUGCUGCUCUGGUUUCGCCAGAAGCAGCUUAGUCAUGCUGGCCACAUGACUCAAAAAAACUGCAGACAAAUGCCAGCUCCCUCGGCCAGUAAAGUGAGAUGAGCACCGCAACCCCAGAGUCUUUCGUGACUGGACUUAACUGUCAGGGGUUCUUUACCUUUACCUUUAGGGCAUAAGUAGAUGCUGUCCUCUGCUGACAUCUGCCACUCUGAGCUGCAGGAUACUGCCUGAUCUCCCUUAGGCCCGAUUCUCAGAAUUGAGCUCUCAAGGGGCCUAGCAACCCAAUCCUGAGUUCACUUUGCUCAUAUGCAGCACAAUCCUAUGCAUAUCUACUCAGAAGUAAGCCCUAUUGGGUUAAAUGGGAUUUACUCCCAGGUAAGUACGUAUAGGAUUGCAGCCUACAUGAUCCUACUGGAAAGUAAUGAUUUGCAACUUUACAGUAUACUCCUAAGGUUGUUGCAAUUCCUGGCAGUUUCUGGCAAUUUGCCUUUGCCAAACUUUUUAAAGGAAAGGGAAGGUGGUGUGCUCAGUAAUGCUUGCUGCAGCAUGUACUCUGCUUAUUUUAAUUUGAUGGAUUUCUGCUACAAUGUAAAAUACACUGAACUUCUUGUGUUUUAGAAUUUGAGGAAUGAAGAACAGGUUGCGAUAAUUCAGGCGGGGACUGUACUUUCUCUCUGUGAAAAGGUAGAGUUCUGUGAAGAAUUGCUUCUCUUAGGCAUGAAUUUCAUCCAUCCCACAAAAGCAGUGCUCUCUGCACAAUUCUGUUUAAAUCUGUAGCUCUGCUCAUAAAAGUAUUGAAUGUACAAGCCUUUUUUAAAAAACACUUCCUGCAUAAGAACAGCAAGCUAAAUUCCUAGUGGAACUUAAUAGUAUUUAGCAAGCAAUAUGUCCUCACUGACUGAGUUGUCCGUGAGACCACAACGGGUGUCGUGUGCAUCUGACCCAAUAAUUGGUAUGUGACUAGUGGGGUAUUUUAUUUUAGUGAGGACUGUACCUCAGAAGAAAGGUUAACGUUAACAGUAGUGGGAUGAACAAAACCAAUUUACAGCUACUUUAAGGAUUGUCAGUAGGGGUGUGUACCACUUAAUGAGUGUACAGUCUGUGUACUUGGGUACACAACAGUUGCAAUGCAUCCCGUCCAACAUUCCUCAGGUGAAAAUAGGGACAUUUAUCACUCUCACAUCCCAUCACUGGGGUGGCUUUUGUGAUUCCCUGGAAAAUAGGGCUACUUGGAGGGUCCGGAGCUGUACCCCCUGCACAGUUUUCACAUGUAACAUUCAACAAGUGUAAAAUCUCUAGUCUGCACAGAUUUGCUGCCAGCGAAAGGAAAUGGUUCCCAUGGCACUUAUUAAAUUUGUCGUUGAACCAAUUCCCUUUUACUGGCCACAGGUCAAGGCAUUGUAGGUCUAUUGUACUUUCUGAAACAGUUCCUUAUGUUUUGCUAUUACAUUUGCUAGCAUGAGGGCAACUGGACAAGCCCAGUCCAGAGAAAUCCUGCUAUAUGCACCUUUUUCUCUGAUCCACCAGCUGGAAGCUUUCCUAAAUAAAAGAGGAUUUGCAUAUUACAAGGUUUCAUCACAACCAGAGGGCACCAAAAAUUAGCAAAAGAACUUGUUUUUCGUUUUCAGCCCUGGAACUGUUAUGUAGUUUUUUUAAAAAAAAGUGUGAGGGCAUCUGGCCAUGUGCAGAAGAUUUUGCCUUUACAACCACCAUGGCUAACUGAAAUAGGGCAAGAGUUUCCAAAAAUAGCGAAUGUCUUAUAGGCACUGUUCAGGUCUAGCACCACCAUACUUUUAAACCACAUGACUUUCCCCCGGGAAUCCUGGGAAUUGUAGUUUGUUAAGGGUGCUGGAAACUGUAACUUUGUUGGGGUAGACUGCACGACUAAUGUUUCCACUCUGGGGACGCAUGGAAUAUUCAAUAAUCAUGAGAAGAGUAAGCAGAUGUAUACUGCCAACUGUACAUUACAUAAAACUCAGAACACAAAGAUACAUAAUUUGCCAUUUUAACUUCCAUUUAGUCCAGAUCCUACAUACACCACAAUUAGGCCUCUAAGGAGCUCUAUAAGGGCCAAUGCAGUUACAAUGCAAAUGAAAAUUCAAGUGCUCUUGGAAACUGCCUUUCCCCCCAUGAGACACCUUCUAAAACUGUUUGGGGAAAAUAUUAUUACGAAAACAUGAUUUCAGAUGGUUGUUGCCAAGGCUUAGGCCUCUCCUGGGUCUUUCCUGGGUUGGCAUUGUGCUGCUAUUUCAUCCUAGGGCUUUGUAACCUUUUAGAUUUUUAGCAGAUAUGAAGUACAUACAAUGUUAUGUCCCCCAAACUCAUUGCACUGGUAGCUUUGUUGGGAAACAUACGUUUUUCCCAAUUUGGGAAGCAUGAGCAAUAUUUGAAUGUAGCCAGUGCUCCCUCAUUAUAAUUAGUCACCGUUUCCAGGUGUCCAAAUCAAUAGUUCUGUACAAAAUUGAGAAAAUAAUGGAAUUUAAGGUAAAGCGCUUUACUUACCUAAUGUUUGGCAUAAGCUCUGUCUCAAACUGCUGUUUUAUUUUGCCCCCGUCAUUUUUAUAUAGUGGCUAAAGCAAAUAGAGGAAACUGAAGCUGCCCUCACGCAGAAGAUGAUUGACCUGGAAAAUGAAAAGGUAAGAGAAGUAUUACUUCAUAGCCUUUUAGCUUGGGCAAAUAACAGGAACACGGGUGCAUGUUGCGUUGGGGUCCCCCCGCCCCGCUUGAUAUAAAUGACUGCAUGACUGGCACUGUGCAUGAACAUUAUUUUCCCUUGAGCAUGGCUUUGUAGUUGGCAAAUGCAUUAAAUUGGCCCAGAAACUAAAGGCAUGGCUCUGUAAGUGAAUAAAGUCUUUCCCCCACAAAGGCACCUGCACACACCUUCUGUUUCAUUCAGCAUUGUGUUUCAGAACUAAGUGAAGAAAGGAGGUUUUGCUUGUUUUUUAGAGACUGACUUCUGAGGAUAUUAAGUGGCGUUUGGGCCCGGUUGCAGUUCUUUCGCUCCCCGGUCGCUCACCCGCCUGGGUUCCUUGAACAUUUUUUGGUCCAAACCAAAGAACUGGAUUUGCAUUGUGCCAACUCUUACUGUUUUUCAGCAAGUUGACUCUGACAAUUUCAAUGCUGACAAUAUUAGUGCUAUUAACAGGUGCGGGAGCAGGCCCUAUAUCCUAAAUUCAGCACUCUCAUGUGGCUUUGGCAGUACAGUGGUACCUCUGGUUAAAUACUUAAUUCGUUUCGGAGGUCCGUUCUUAACCUGAAAUUGUUCUUAACCUGAAGCACCACUUUAGCUAAUGGGGCCUCCCGCUGCUGCUGCGCCACCGGAGCAUGAUUUCUGUUCUCAUCCUGAAGCCAUGUUCUUAACCCGAGGUACUAUUUCUGGGUUAGUGGAGUCUGUAACCUGAAGUAUAUGUAACCCGAGGUACCACUGUACUGAUCAUUCUCAUUGCUUUCUCUACUUUCUGAUUCCAAGGUUGGAUAGUUCCUUAUCAUGUCAUUGCUUGCUAUACAGAAGAGUUCCUCUCCCCUGCCCUCCAAUGUUUAUUGUUGUAUCUCUGUCUUGAGAGACGAUGGAGUAUGCCUCUGAGGGAGAAGUCUAGCUGGUGUGUUAGCAGCACUGAAGUGAGCUCCCUGGGGUGCAAGCCUGGACAGUGUGUAUGGAGGUUCUGGGAUGCCCUGGUGACAAGACCUUGGCCUCCUUGAUGUGGUCCAAAGGAAAGCAAGAGCAAUAUGUUUGGCACCAGCUUGGCUGCAGGACUUGCCGGAAAGAGAUAUACAAGGUGCCAUCCAAGCACCUUAGAGAUUCCACUCCGGAUUUGUCUAGGGUUUACUCCUUAAUCUUUUCUUCUCCCGAAGAUGUCCCACAAGGCACCGGAGGUUAGGAUCAGAGUUUCCCUUCUCUCCUUCCGAGACCUCUUGGCUACUCUUUCCACAGCUGCCUGUGAGUAGCCUACAAAGUACAAAUCACUUGAAUUUAGUAUGGAUAUUAGUUGAUCAUAUCUCUUGAGAUUCCAAAGCAGAGCAGGCUCCUACACGACCACCCUUAGUAAUGCCCCACAUUUGCUCUCUGAGGUGCCUUUGUGGAAACCUCCUUUAGAGCCGUGGAACGGCUUCACUAUGGAAUGGAAAACAAGCUAAGGCCUCUGUUCUAUUCUGCUUGCAGACUCCUUGGUACAAGGUACAAGUGAAAACCUGCUCUUUACUGCUGAAUCAAAGCAAACAGCAGUCCACAGAAAAUCUGAAUUGCCAUUUGUUCCACUUCAGCAUUAAAGAGCAAGUUUUCCUGGGGAAAGCAGCAGGGCAAAAAAAAAGUGCUUGGACACAGAUCAUUAAAGCACAGAGCAAAAGGUAAGUGUGGAAAAGGCCUGGGAGAAGAAAGCUGUAGCUGAAUGAAGCAGGGCCAAUACCUACUCAGUCACUCAGAGCUCGCACCCAUACUGCCCUCUGCUGCCCAGGAUCUAACUGACCACCAUUAAGGAAGCAUACCUGUGCCACCCUUAGGUGGGGCAGUUUUGGGGGUGUGGGGGGUUGUAUGAAACCCUUCCACAAUUUUUCUGCAGAGUUGGGUGGCCUCUGCAGAUGGUAAAGCGGCCCCUUCUUCCUGCACAGCAGACACCAAGUUUAGAAACAAAUAGGAAAAUCUUUGUCUUUUCUUAGUGCUGAGCUGAAAGUUCUAUACCCAGCACUGUUGUCUACCUGCUCCUUGGCGCAUGUUAUCUCGCUUUCUUUUUGGCCUUUGUGGACUAGCUAGCUAUGGGUACCUGAUCUGCCAAGGCUUGUGACAUUUUGAGUCAAGCUGAUUAUUAUUAUUAUUAUUACUCAGGACCUGUUCAGUAAACAGAAGGGUUAUUUAGAGGAAGAACUUGACUACAGGAAACAAGCUCUGGACCAGGCUUAUAUGGUAGGAAAUCUGUGUGUUUGCUGAAAGUAAAAUUCAUAUGUGUGCAUGUAUGCUGUCUGUUCUGCUAAAUGAAGGACCUAGAUACUGCCUAGUUGAGAUAGAUAAAAAGGGCCAGAACUGUUUUUUAAGGUGUUUUAAGUAGCAUAUGCAAAGUUUAAACGGAUUGCAAUACUUACACCGCUUGUGGCAGAGGUUUGAAAUUUCUUGUUCUUGUGUUCUUGCAAUGGCAGUUCUGGGAGUUGUUACCUCCAUUCUUUAAAACUACGAUUGCUGGAGUUCAGCUCAAGCUAGUCACAUUGAUUCUAGUCCUACAGAAAUCAAGUUUAUUUCUAGGCUUUCCAAGUAUGAGGGCAAUGCUUUUCUAGAAACUCUUACAAGCUGCCAGGCAACUUUGCUCUCUCAGUUUCAACUGCCAAACAGGUAGACAGAAGAGGCAGAGACUGAUCAAUUUUCACUUAAAAAUGGGGGCACCAGGCUGCUUUUUUGUUUGAGCUUUAACUUUAUUCUAAUAAGACGCCACUCCGGCCUCAGACAAGUUCUGCGUGGGCCUGGUGGCAGGUUCCACUCAUACAAUUCAGAUCCUGAGUGCAACAAGAACCCUGGUUUCAGAGAAUCCUCUCCGUAUACAGUGUUGACCAAUAUGUGUUUACGAUAUCACAAAAAAGGCUAGCCUAUGGUAGGGAAUUGCAACAGGAAGAAUUUCACUUGAACCAGCUGGUGGACCCUAGCGCUGGACAAAACUGUGUUUCCAUUUUCUCAGGACCAUUCUUCCCCCUUGAAAAUGGACAGUGAAUUCUCCUUUCUUUUCUGUGAAAAAUGUAUAGGAGAGUGUGUGUGUGUGUGUGUGUGAGAGAGAGAGAGAGAGAGAGAGAGAUGUGGGUUGACUUACCUCCCUUGUGGAUGAAGUGUUUUGAGGGCAGUAUUGCUUCCAUGGCCGUCACAGGAGUGGGAAAGCAGGCUCAAGGAAUUCGGGCAGCUGUGGGCAGCAUGAGGUGUCACUAAUGGUAGCUGACAAAGCUUCUUUGGAAGGGUUAAAAAAAGAGUAAGAAACCCACCCUUGGUCACUGUAUUUGGAAAGCAGGGCGAACCAACCCUACCUUGCAAAUUUCUUGUAAAUUGGUCGCCCAACUCAAAGUUUGUUAGAAUUUCUAUUUGUCCUUCCUCCUGUAAUGGGAUGGGUGUAAAGCCAGUUAAAGAAAUGGCCCAGCAUUAAUACAAAGGUGGUGGGUGUCCCUUUUUACACUAUAGUGGAAGCACAAAGCUUACUGGUUAGAGUCAGGAUGAAAUAGAGAAGCACGUGCAGUAGCAUUUGGUUUGCUAUCUUGCUGGCUCAGAGUAUGCAUUUUGUUUUUCUUUCAAAGCAUUUGCUCCCGCUGUUUAAAAAGGCAACCAAAAUGACCAAAGGGGUGUAGCAAUUCCACCAAUAAGGAAAGGUUACAAAGCUUGGCUGGUGAUUUAGCCUAGCUCUUUGCCAUGCUGUUAGUUCCUAACAGUCUUUCCCUAGCCAAAAACUGUAGAAUUGCAUUUGUUUGAUUGUAAUUUAGUGGCUGAUCUGUGAUCAUCAUAAGAAAGAUUGAUUGGUUGAUUGAUUUAAAAUUAUAUUCUACUUUUCACCCCACUUGGGUCUCAAAGGGACUUGGAUAAUAAAAACGUGCAGAAAUUAAAAUAUAAAUUAAAACUCUGAAGAAUAAAACAUCAGAAGAGCAUUUGUGGUGCAGAGGUCUUCUGAAAUAAAAUCAUUUGCCUUUGGGGCUGACCCUUUGCAGGGAUGGUACCUACCUUGUCUCUAAUGAGAGCAAGUUCUCUAGAGUUGGGUAUGCAGUAUGGAAGGCGCAACUGCUCAUGGACAUGAGUUGGGCUUCUAGUCCAUGAUCUUGGUGAUCCUUUAUGAAGGAAUGUGAUGAUAAGAAUACAAGAAAAUCCCUGUGGGUUCUGACCAAAGGUCCAUGUAGUCCAACAUCUUGUUCUUACAGUAGCCAACCAGAUGCCCAUAGGAGGCUCUCAAAGCAUGACCUGAGCACAGCAGCACAACCACUUGUGAUUCCCAGGUAUGAAGGUAUUACACAGACACCCUGACUUGAUAGCCUCAUCCUCCAUAAAACGGUGUCACCCCUUUUUAAAGCUACCUAGGUUGGUGGCCGUUCCUACAGCUGGUGGUAGGGAAUGCCAUAGUUCAACUAAGUACUAUUUGAAGAACUACUGUAUUUGUCGACUCUGAACCAUCCAACUUUCAGCCUUGGAUUCUCUUACUAUGAGAGAGGAAGAAACACUUUUCUCUAUCCAGUGUCUCCACACACUGUAAUUUUGUAUGCCUGUAUCAUGCUGCCAUCAUCCUGUUUGCCUUUUUUCUAAGCUAAAAGCCCCAAAUGUUGUAACCUUUCCUCCUGUUAGAGUUCUUUCAGCCCAUUAAUAAUUUUGGUUGCCUUUUUCUAAAACUUUUCAAGCUCUACCAUUUCCUUUUUGAUGUGAGGCAACCAGAAUUGUACACAGGAUGCAAAGUGCAGACACAUCAUAAAUUUGAAUAAUAGCAUUAUGAUGUGAGCCCUUCACACAAGACAUUCUCUGCUUGUUUACCUCUUGUGGGAGCUGCUUCUCUGCUGCUGAAUUGUGCCCUUAUGCCUUGCAAGCUUUGCUUCUUUGCCUUUCUGUUGUUACCGUCUUGUGUGGCUCCCUGUGUUCAAACAUGAGUCUCUCUUGAAUAUCAUUUGCAUUGCAUUAGAAAAUCCAGGAGCUGGAAGCCACCCUCUACAACGCUCUGCAGCAGGAGCCAGGGAAGAGGGUGAGUGAAUCCCUGAAUGAGGCCCAGAGGGAGGACUUGUGCGCUGCCGUGGAAAAGGUGCGGAGACAGAUACUGAGGCAAAGCCGUGAAUUUGACUGCCAGAUUCUACAUGAGCGCAUGGAAUUGCUGCAGCAAGCCCAGCAGGUAACCUAGAACUUUCCGUGCCCAACACUAUGUCCCUCCUUUGACCACUUUGGGACUCUGCUGCCACUUUUAUUUCACCCUGCCAUGUUCUAACAUUUCCCUCAAAAGUCCAGUUUCAGUUGGGGAUCUUUAAGUUAUGCAUGCUGUAUUGCUGGAAAAGUGGUUCUCAUGUCCCAGUUUAAAACGUGCUCCGUGUGCAAGCACAAAGCUCCAUUCUCGGAACCUGCAAAGUCCAAAUCUGUCCUGGAUUUAAUGGCUGUAGUGCGGUAUUGAUAAACCAGAGGGAGAAGACACAAGAAGUGUUCGCUCUGCAGUGUUUUUAGCCAAUCCAUAGUUUGAAAACGAUGUCUGAAAAAGCUCUGCACAUUAGUACCUGUCUGAUUAGUGAAAUGACAUACCUAACCAUUCCCCAGCGGAAGAGAUUGGCUAAGAUCUGUCUGUGAUUACCACGUGAUCUGACAGCUAUAAAUGGCAAAAAUUUCACCAGGUACAAUUGAUUGGAGGAUGGAAGGUAGUGCAUGGUGAAAAGGAAGGGAGGAGACUGCAAGUCCAUGCAAUGAAAAUCUCAUGGGGCCACAGGCAGCAUUCUUCUUGUUGUUGUUUAGUCGUUUGGUCAUGUCCGACUCUUCAUGGACCGGAGCACGCCAGGCACUCCUGUCUUUCACUGCCUCCCGCAGUUUGGUCAAACUCAUGCUGGUAGCUUCGAGAACACUGUCCAACCAUCUCGUCCUCUGUUGCCCCCUUCUCUUUGUGCCCUCCAUCUUUCCCAACAUCAGGGUCUUUUCCAGGGAGUCUUCUCUUGUCAUGAGGUGGCCAAAGUAUUGGAGCCUCAGCUUCAGGAUCUGUCCUUCCAGUGACCACUCAGGGCUGAUUUCCUUCAGAAUUGAUAAGUUUGAUCUUCUUGCAGUCCAUGGGACUCUCAAGAGUCUCCUCCAGCACCAUAAUUCAAAAGCAUCAAUUCUUCAGCGAUCAGCUUCUUUAUGGUCCAGCUCUCACUUCCAUACAUCACUACUGGGAAAACCAUACCUUUAACUAUACGGACCUUUGUCGGCAAGGUGAUUUCUCUGCUUUUUAAGAUGCUCUCUAGGCUUGUCAUCGCUUUUCUCCCAAGAAGCAGGCAUCUUUUAAUUUCGUGACUGCUGUCACCAUCUGCAGUGAUCAUGGAGCCCAAGAAAGUAAAAUCUCUCACUGCUUCCAUUUCUUCCCCUUCUAUUUGCCAGGAGGUGAUGGGACCAUUGGCUAUGACCUUAGUUUUUUUGAUGUUGAGCUUCAGACCAUAUUUUGCACUCUCCUCUUUCACCCUCAUUAAGAGGUUCUUUAAUUCCUCCUCACUUUCUACCAUCAGAAUUGUGUCAUCUGCAUAUCUGAGGUUGUUGAUAUUUCUUCCGGCAAUCUUAAUUCCGUCUUGGGAUUCAUCCAGUCCAGCCUUUUGCAUGAUGAAUUCUGCAUAUAUCAGCAUUCUUACAAAGGUCAAAUUAUUUCCUGCCCUUAUACGCAGUUGGAAUACAAAAGGGCUAUGAUAUUCCAUAAUCAAGCCUCUGUGUAAUGGUAAAGAGAUCCCUGACCAUUAGGUCCAGUCGUGACCGACUCUGGCGUUGCAGCGCUCAUCUCGCUUUAUUGGCCGAGGGAGCCGGCAUACAGCUUCCGGGUCAUGUGGCCAGCAUGACUAAGCCGCUUCUGCCGAACCAGAGCAGCGCACGGAAACGCCGUUUACCUUCCCGCCAAAGCUGUACCUAUUUAUCUACUUGACGUGCUUUCGAACUGCUAGGUUGGCAGGAGCAGGGACUGAGCAACGGGAGCUCACCCCGUCGCGGGGAUUCGAACCUCCGACCUUCUGAUCGGCAAGUCCUAGGCUCUGUGGUUUAACCCACAGUGCCACCCGCAUCCCAAAGCCUCUGUGAGGUGUGUCUAAAACUGGAAGAAGUACAGGAAGCUUGAGGGCUGCUUGCUUCAAGGUAAGAGAGCGUUCUAAAUAUAGGCAACAGACAUUGCACAACUAACUUGGAACGUUUUUACUGCAACUUACUAAUGGACACAUUUCUUGUUCCCAUAUCUGCUCCACUCAUGUCUCAAAGGAGAGACAGUAUAAUUGUGACCACAAAAGGGUGAGCGGAGCUAAAGCCCCACCUUUCCCACCUGACAUCCCCUUAGGCCGUUGUUUCCAUUUAGGCAUCUUUCUGCCUACCCUGAGUCACUUCUGGUAUCAGAGCUGGGCCUGGAGAAAGGUGUUUCAAGAGAUAGAGCACAGUGUAGUAAUGGAAGGAAAGAGAAAGGGCUCGGUUUCCCUAAUCCAUAAAUCCCUUUUGUUUUAAAAAUUAGACACACACACCCCUCUUUGGAUGGGGCAGACAUGCAAAUAACAUCUGCAACUUCCUCCAUCAUGGUAAAACUUAGGAAAGUUUCAAUAACUGUGCUAAAUGUGACCUCGAAAGAGAGAGAGAGAGAGAGAGAGAAACUUGCUGUGUAUGAAAGAAGCCAGUCUUUCAACUCUCUGGACUGUGACGAACAGCCAGUUUGCAAAACCUAGCAGUUCAACAUCUUUGAUUUCUAACCUUAAUCUUAAUUCACAGUUUCAUUAUAUAACAUUUAUAUAACAAAUAAACGUGCCUUUUUGUCUAUGCACCUUUCAGCAUUUUCAUCAACAGUGGCACCACUUCAGUUGUUUUGAAAGCGAAAUUCCUUACCGUUGUGAGCUGCAAGAUAUUUCUCAUUCUGGCGAUUCUUAUUUUUCGUAUUCUAGACCAUGUGUUUAGUUGCAGGAUGAUGUUGUUUGAAAGAGCUCUUCCUUAGGCAUAUCUUGUAAAUCAUACUGAACCUUUCAAAGGUUUUCAAGCUGAGUUUAUAAGCAGCUUAGGGAGUCCUUUUGAACCUGCCUUGUGCUAAAAUUACCACAUUGUUUUCAUGGAUUUGUUAAUGUAAGUAAAUCCAAUAAGAAUUACAUGAGUCACAAGAGCUACUAAGCUGCUUGAUAAACCUCCAGUUUUGUAUUAUAGUAGUUCGGACAACAUCCAGAAAGUGCUUCAGCAAAAUAAAUUAAUGGUGCCAAUGAGCUAAAAGCAGGUGUCCAUGCCAGAUCAGUUUUACAUAGGAUAAAUUGUGGGUAGAUGCCACCCUCAAAAGUGAAAUUGAAGGUCAUUGUCAAGGUCACAUAUCAGUGCACUGCACAUAUGAAUCGGUUGGAUUGCUUUUUGGGAAACUGUUGUAGCUCCAAAAGUAAUGAACUUACAUUUGGAUAUGGUAUGCAACAAAAUGAAGGCAAGAAGCUUAGAAGCAGACUCCAACCACUGAAGGUAAACUCAAACAUGAACACCUUUAUUUAAGUAUAAUAGAAAGGGAGCCCUGCUUACUCUGUGGCCUCCAGGUACACACUGGCUUUCUCCUUCCACUCAUCUUCACAGGAAUUAACACAUUGCCCUGUUUCAUUUUAGCUCCAGUAUUAUCCCUUCCCCCUUUGGGAUCUGUUUCAGAUUUACAAGUCCAUCUGCUGUGGUGGCCUCACUUCCCAACCACUCCUGGUUCAUUAGGAUGAUGGUGGAGAUUCCAGCUCACCAGGUUCUUCCUCCUUUGGUAGUCUCCGUGGUGAUGAUCGGAUCUCCUCAUUGUUGGCCUUUGCUGUAGCUCCAUUUCAUGGAACUCUUGGGGAUUAUUUCUAUAGGACCUUGUCAAAUAGAAGCUGUCCUUCUAAACAGACUUUCAGCUACUGUCCUACACUCAAGAGAGCCUCUCACACCCCCUUCGGUACCCAAACCUGCACAACAUCCUUGCAGUGCUUCCACUUGGGUCUUACAAUCUGUUAGUUGUUGCCACUGCCCCCCUUUUUGAUCACCUUCAACUCUAGAAACGGGGGGGGGGGACAGGGAAUAGCCAAUCAAUUGUUAAACCCUGGGAUCCUGGACCAGCACACUUCCAGUCGAUCCCUUGACUUUAUGGUUGAUAUAACUUUCCUCACGUCUUCACAUGCUCUUAGUCCCAACAAGUUCAUCCAGCACAUAAACAUUUUUUUUUUAUUUCCUUGCUUUUACUCCGCAAAAUAGUUCUGAACAUUCCACGGUUGCUACUCAGAUUUUAGUCAGAUUUUAAGAGGCUGUUCUUGAACUUUAAUUUAAAUAGAGUUAAUGGGAUUGCUGAACCUGUAAAACAUACCUUUGCAAAUUGUCCCUUUUUAUUGCAAUAUAGCACACAGAAUCCUUAGCUGGGCUGUUUUAUUUUCUGUUUUCUCUUCCCUUUGCGCUAAAGGCAUCUGUCCUCUUGACUCAGAGUGUUAACUUUUUAGACUAUUCCCAUGGGCAGUUUCUGUUGCAACCUUCUUUGUUCCUUUUGCUUCUGGCUUCUAUCUGCUUUAUGGGCACUGCUGCCCCCAUGGGUGCCCUGUUGCUGUCCCUUGACCCUCUCCCAUUGACCCAUUGCAUUGACUUAUUUUUGCAAAAUCUAAGUGGUCUUGGUACUUCAUAUCCAUGUUUAACGAUCAACAUAGUAAAUUUUAUGGAAAGGAGACCAACGAUAACAAACCAGAUAAACUAAAGGAGUGACCAAGGGUGAAAGAGGAGGAAAUUCAAGAGAUAAUUAAUAGUUUGAAACCGGACAAAUCACCAGGGCUAGCUGGUCUAUCAGUAGAAUUAUUUCAGACAUUCAUAGAUUGGUGGGCAGAACCCCUAGCUCAACUUUUUACACUGGACUUCUCUGCGACUUCUCCCCUCUGCAGGGAGGUGGGACAGAUUUGGAUGGUCUGCCCCUGCCGCUUAAUGGAUCCAAAUGGUUUCCAGAGACUGGCAGGGGAUGAUUUAUCCCAUGUUGAUGGCCUUUCAACUGAUUCCCUGGUGGCCCGCUGGAAUGCCUCUCCAAUCUUCCAAUCACUUUGUCAUAUUUCUUCAGAUGAUCUUGACUCAGCUCGAGUGAGAGCAGAAUUUCAUCUGCUUGGUCUCACAUUAAGUACGUCAGGGUGUUUACGCCUCUUCAGGUUUAUUAUUUCAUCCUGAGACUGUUAUGAGGCACUAAAAUCUGCACUACCAUCUAGGCCACUCCUCUAGUGUUGAAAAUAUAAAUGGCUUAAGAGACUGGACAUUGAAAGAAGCUGUGGCAGAGAUCACCUUCUGAAUUUGGCAGAUUGGAAUAAUCCCAAAUUAUUUGGCUAUUUUAUUUAAUUUUCCUUCUACUAAAGCUGUUGAUUUCAGGAAUCCACUGAGCUGCCAUCCUUAGAAACAGACUCCAGUCACUUCAGGCAAACUCAAACAUGAACAGCUUUAUUUGGGAAUGAUAGGGAGCUCUGCUUAGCCUUCAGGUCUGCACUGGCUUCCUCCUCACUCUCGCCUCCAUGGGACCCAGGAACUAACCGACUACACAGUUUCUAGAGUGGCUUCUUUUUUGAAAUGUUUUUCCCUAAGAACUCAAAAGCUUCUGCUGUGAUUUUGCCUAUGCUUUGGUCAAACCUCAGUGGAAGAGUAACAAGGAAAAGGUGUCAUGUUUUGGUCCAGUGUGUUAGGUUUAGAAGGUUCUUGUGUUCAUCUUUUGAAUUCUAGUACAGAGCUUUGAAGCAGAUCUCAAAUCUUUUCAGGUGGUUGGUUGCUCUAUUUUAGGGAUAGCCAACCUGGUGCCCCCUCCAAAUGUUGCAGGGCUCCCAACUCCCAUUAUCCAUUGGCCCUGCUGGCUGGGGCAGAUGGGAACUGGAGCCCAGGCACAUCUGGGGCACCAUGUUGGCAGCCCCUGCUCUCGAGUGUGUAAAAGAUGGAUAUUGUUUGACAACCUAUAGGAUAUGCCUUUUUACCUUGAAAAAAAAUGUUCCUGUUUAUUCCAGAGAAUUCGAGAGCUAGAAGAGAAAAUUGAACUUCAGAAGCGGCAGCUCAAAGAAAUUGAGGAAAAGGUAGUUUAUUCUCAAACCAAUAAUACUGUAAAUUCUGGUCUUCUCAGUAUUUCUUUUUAGCUUCAGAUUUUAAUCUGUUUUGGAAAAAUGCACAUUGUCAUUAGAAUUCUUCUAAGUUCAGGUAACUCGCAUCUUACGUGAGGGUUAUGUUCCUGGCUAUCACACGUAUACACAAAAUCACAUAAAGCCAGAACAACUAAAAAAAAACUGUUUAAAAAUGCUGCACUUUCAGUGGAUAAUAUGAGGACAAGAGGGAGUUGAGGAGGUUAAGUUCCGGAACAGUAUCCAUCAUGUUAAUAACAACAAUCAUAAUUUUAUUAUUUAUACCCUGCCCAUCUGGCUGGGUUUUCCCCAAUCAUUCAGAAGAAGGUGAGCUUUGUGUAAGCAGCGGGUGAAGCAGCAAAUCAUACCUUGUUCCAGAGGCUGGAUGAGAGAGAAGGGGAGAGAGGGACAGCCUCUUCUUUGCUGUGUGCAAAGGGGAGUGCCUUGGGGUGUCCAGGAACAUUGUCCCUAAGCAGCAACACUCUAAACCAGGGGUCGGCCAACUUUUUCAGCAGGGGGCCGGUGCACUGUCCCUCAGACCUUGUGGGGGGCCAGACUAUAUUUGGGGGGGGUGAACAAAUUCCUGUGCCCCACAAAUAACCCAGAGAUGCAUUUUAAAUAAAAGUACACAUUCUACUCAUGUAAAAACACUGAUUCCUGGACUGUCCGCGGGCCGGAUUUAGAAGGCGAUUGGGCCAGAUCCAGCCCCCAGGCCUUAGUUUGCCUACCCAUGGUCUAAACUCCAGGUGUUUCUCGUUGAGAGAACAUCUCACCUCUGGAAUGAAUAACUUGUGGAACCAGCCCAGAAUUGUUACUCUAGUCACCUUGGCCUCUUUGCUGGAGUGCCAAUACUGUACACAGGUCAGGAGGGAGAUAAUUGUCCUUCCCUUUUCGGGCAUGUGGGUGAUCACCUUUGCUUGCUGCCACAGCACCACAGAUCUCCUUCUCAGCCACCUUGAUGGCAUAGAUGCUGGAUUCAUUCUGGCCAUAUUUGCAUGCCACGAGGCCCACGCCAGCCCUCAAGCAGUCCAGCACAGCCUCCUUCUCUUCCAGCGUGGGAACCACCCUCUGCUUCUUUGGUUUUUCAGUAGCUGAUGCUGAGGCCCUGCAUUUUGGGGCCAUUCUGCAGUCUCUCCAACCAACUCCUCCACAACUUUCUCCUGCCUCCUCCAAUCUUUCUCCAGCCACUUCCAAAACUCCCUGCUACCUCCUCCACUCUCUCCCCACACUCCACCGACUCUCCAACUACACCCAACCACUCUCUCAAUAGCUGAUGGGAUUGCUGGCCAUUUCCCUCCCCCCGCUCUCCCGCCUCCUUUCCCCACAUGUGUGACAUUCAUUUAAUUAUUUUUGGUGGUCCAUGUAAAGCUGCAAUUGUGCAAAUAUAAUGAGCAUAAGAUGCGAGUUACCUGUAAUGUGGUAGAAGUAGGACAUCAACAAUCCUGUCAUAGGUAAAACAGGUGGAUCAGGGAGAACUAGAACUUGCAUUGCACGCUUUUUGCAAAGCAGCUCUUCUGUAUGGGACAAAGAAGCCGUUCUGUAUGGGGCAAGAUGGUGCAACAACACACAGGUCUUAGACCCCACACACAUAAGGCACACCCAAGAGACUGCAGUGUUAGAAUGGACAGAUUUGUCUAGUUCCAUUCUGUGGGAUUUGCCAGCAUUGAAUAUUUAGGAAUGUGAAUGUUGCUCGGAAAUUGCUAACAUUGUCAUCAAUGGAUUUAUUUCUCCUGAUUCAUGAAAUUAUGAAAAGCAGUAUAGUCAGUAUAGUAUGGCCCACUGCAUUUUUAAAAAUAGUGUCCUAGCAAUCUGAGGUUUGAUACCGCUGAAUCAAUAUUGCAUAUCUUACAUCUUUUUUCUUCUUUUUCUUCUUUUCUUUUUGACCUUACUUUAUAGUUUUUGUUUCUUUUUCUGUUUUUCUCAUUAGCAUUCAUCCUGUGGUCUUGAUGAAUCUACAGCGAAAGGAUAUAUGGUUGGUAUUCUUAUUUUCUUUUACAAAGCUAAUUCGUUGUUAGAUUUCGUUAAUUUUUGAAAAUCUCCUUUUGGGAAUGUCCAUAAAAGGCUGAAAUAUGAAAUAAAAAUGACCAAACUCUAGAUCUUCAAUGCUAUCCAUAAAUUCUGUACUAAAAGUUUGAGAACGCAACUGAAUUGGUUCAUAACAUGUAUCCCUUUGUAACUCCUUUAAGAGAGAACCCUUUUAUAGGAGAAAAUUACUUUUCAGAGGAGAUUCGUAUUUUUAACCCCUAUGGGUCUUGCUUAGCUUUGUUCAAGCUCUGGUCACUUUUACUUCAGCAUGCAGGUGAGCUAAGAAUCUCUGCUGGGGCAAAAGUCUGAUGCAGGAGUCAAGUGAAGGAACCCUGGGGAGCCGGUUGAUUUUGGAUAAUAAGAGUCUAGCCUGCUCAAGAGUGAGACAGCUCUUAAAAAUACAAACACACAAACACAAAAAAGCUUUCUACAUGGUGCCAGAUUUUUUUAACGGCUCCAUGCCGAUCUGCAUUUGCCUCUUAAGUAAUGUGUGUGCUGCCACAUUGAUAAGAAAUCAGUGCUGUGUUUGUCGUGGCUUAGCUUGCACAAGGUAAUUCUCACAAUUAGUACUAUAUAGUAUGUGUUUGAUAGCUAAGGUAAAGGGACCCCUGGCCAUUAGAUCCAGUCGUGACCGACUCUGGGGUCGCGGCGCUCAUCUCUCUUUAUUGGCCGAGGGAGCUGGCGUACAGCUUCCAAGUCAUGUGGCCAGCAUGACUAAGCUGCUUCUGGCGAACCAGAGCAGCGCACGGAAACGCCGUUUACCUUCCCACCGGAGUGGUACCUAUUUAUCUACUUGCACUUUGACGUGCUUUUGAACUGCUAGGUUGGCAGGAGCAGCGACUGAGCAACGGGAGCUCACCCUGUCAUGGGGAUUCGAACCGCCGACCUUCUGAUCGGCAAGUCCUAGGCUCUGUGGUUUAACCCACAGUGCCACCCGCGUCCGGUGUUUGAUAGCUAGUAGCUGUUAAUUAGCAACACACUGGAAAGUAGUUUGCUGGGGAUUUUGACACAUAUCAGUCCCCAGCCUGUCCCCCUUUAUAAAGAUCAGUAGCACAUUAGGAGGAAUUGCUUUUGAACAGUAAUAUGUGGCACUCUUGGUUGUAUAGCUGGCUUUCAAACAUCAUAGAAUUGUAAAGUUGGAAGGAACCCCAAAGGUUCAUCUAGUCUAAUCCAACUUGCUUGUCUCAGGAGUACUGCAAAAAAAAAGGUGCAGGAUGAAUUCCUGUAUCUUUUUGUUCUUGAAUUAGAUUAUCUUACCAAUUAAUUAUUUUUAAAAAUCUAAGAUUUUUUUUUGCACUGUCAACUUUGGACAUAUAUUAGAAGAAAGAAGCCUAAAAGAUUUUUCAAAUUGUGCCUAACAAUGAACUUACUUGCUAUCUGUUAUAUUCUCUCUCUUCCUUAGGGUAUGAAAAGGGCCUUUGGAUUGAACCAAUGA